UAUUUAGUUCGGUAUGGUUCGGUUCAAACAUUGAUUUGGUCUGGCAAGGACCAGUCUGUUGCACAACCUAACCAACCCGAUUCUCUCUGUCCACCCAAGACCCAUUUGUUUGGCCAGUCUAAUGGUUGAAACCGGUUUGAUCCGAAGAAUUAGAAGAAGCCCCUUGUUAAACCGAGUGAAAAAGAGAAGCGCGCCGUUUUGACCAGAAGCGGAAUCAUUCAAGGAUAGGAAAGGAACGGGAAAUCAAAAUAUCUGCUGUUUGGAUGGAGGGUUUUGGCAAGAAAACGCAAGAAAAUUAGAGAGGAAAACGCGAAGAAAACACCUCACUCCUGAGAAAGUGUAGCGAACCAGAACUUCUUCUUCUUCUUCUUCUUCUUCUUCUUCUUCAGUUUUUACCUUCUUCCCGGAAUGCUUUCUUUACGAUACUGUCUGCCGCUUAUUCCGACAAGAUUGGAAUCAAUUCAAGCAUCGAAGAAGAAGUGCCCGAGGAGCUAUAUUAUAUGCGAGCAGAAAGGGCCGCGGCCAAGGUAUCCUCGAGUCUGGAAAACGAAAACGAGAAUCGGAACCGUCUCCAAGGCAGCCAAGCUGGUUGACUGUGUAAAGGGAUUGUCGAAUGUGAAGGAGGAAGUGUAUGGUGCACUUGAUUCUUUUGUCGCUUGGGACUUGGAGUUCCCUCUGAUCACUGUAAAGAAAGCAUUGAGGACUCUAGAGCAUCAACAAGAAUGGAAAAGAGUAAUUCAGGUCUCUAAGUGGAUGCUGAACAAAGGGCAAGGGAGGACGAUGGGAACAUAUUUCAUCUUACUGAGUGCAUUGGCCGAGGAUGAAAGGCUCGACGAAGCUGAAGAGCUAUGGAAUAAGCUGUUCAUGCGGUACCUGGAAGGCAUGCCUCGUAAGUUCUUCGAUAAGAUGAUGUCCAUCUAUUACAAGAGGGAUAUGCACGACAAGAUGUUUGAGAUAUUUGCUGACAUGGAGGAACUGGGGGUCCAGCCGAGUGUUUCGAUAGUCAACAUGAUCGGGACCGUGUUCCAGCAUCGAGGCAUGGUGGACAAGUACGAGAAGCUGAAAGCCAAGUACCCUCCGCCGAAAUGGGAGUUCAGGUACAUCAAGGGGAAGCGUGUGAGGAUUCGAGCCAAGCAUUACCGUGAAUAUGAGAAUGAGAAGGGAGGGGCGAAUAAAGCGGAUGCAAGUCUUGAUGGCUCAAGCGAAAUGGACGAUGAUGAGAACCCAGACGAAAGCAGCAAUGAGGAAGAGACUAGUCUCAGCUCGGAUGAGUUUGACGAUGAGCUCGACAAUCAACUGAGUAGAGACACCAAUAGUAGCAAUGGAAACGAAGGUUUGAGCAGGAGUAGCGAUGAGGCAGCCUUUGCAUCAUAUCAGCAGUCCAUGGAACUUGACGAUGCCAGUUGAAGUCGGUAACUUCUUGAGGCGAGGGCCAAGAGUUGAUUCGUUCGCACUUGCAGAAUGCCAGCACGAGAGGAAAUCUGGUCGGCAAAGAAACUCUUAAGAGGUGG